AUGCCGAAGACUUUCCAGGAUCUGAUUGCAGAACUGGGGACGUUACAGACAAGGCUACUGGAGGCGCACAUGCGGGAACUACACGCCCAUUCCGUGACGUUGGGGCCUUCGACCCCUGCCAGCUGCCCUCCGCAAAUGGAGGUGCAGGUUGCUGUGGAGCCACGAAGCUCCGGCCCAGGUGCUCCGGAGAAGAGGCUAAAAGGCCGCUUGGCGCCCGUGGUGCACAAGUUUCUGCUCGCGCGGCGUCUGGGUAACACGAGCGAACGUCGAGUCUCCGAAGACAGGGAGUCGGCGACAGUUCGACAGGCGUUGAUGGAGCGACGUCAGAGCAUCUCAGCAACGGACCGGGUAGCCUUGGCCAUGAGAGAUGCGGCUGCUUUCGAGGAGGCGGUCCGAAAAGAAGCCACCGUGGAGGUGGACCGCUUCCAGCUGCGAUCGAGCUUUGAUAUCGGUGACGAAGAGCUCGUUGACAUGAAGCGGAGGUGCAUUACAAAGCAGAGCUCAGAGCUCGUAGCUGGGUACAACGUGAAACACGUCGCUUCGGUGGCCACCGAGCAGGGACCAACACCUGCGGAGGUGCAGGAGGAGCGCAUGUUGAAUUCCUGGCAGCUGUUUCCGAUCCACCCGUCUUCCAAGAGGCGUCUCGUUUGGGAUCUACUGGCAAUGGUAUUGCUCCUCUUCGACAUGGUUGUCACUCCCAUGAUGGUCUUCGAUAUACCCGACACUAUUUUUACGUCUGCCAUGGCGAUGACUUGCACCAUCUACUGGACGGUUGACAUCCCGGUGUCUAUGCUGACUGCAACGUACCGGAACGGGAAGCUGGUGACGAGUUACUAUCUUAUUUUGUACUCGUAUUCGAGGACAUGGAUGCCAAUCGACUUCUUGCUAGUGAGCGUGGAUUGGGUUGCGACGGUUGCAAACAUGAACUCUGCUGACACUCUUACGUUGGCCAGAACAAUGAGGACUGGACGAAUUCUUCGGAUGUUGCGCCUGGCCCGUCUGCUGCGUGUUGUCAAGCUGAAGCGCCUCUUCGAUGACUUAAAGCAGCGGAUGGCAGGAGAAAUCGUCACUUUCAUGAUCAAUGUCGUCCAGCUUUUCGUUUCGACGAUGCUGCUGACCCAUGUCCUCGCAUGCGUUUGGUAUUGGCUUGGUAGCGAGGAAGAAGGAUGGGUCUACACUGAAGGAUUGUACGGCCAGGAUCUAGGAACCACGUAUCUCCAGAGCAUGCAGUGGUCACUGUCGAGGUUGCACCCCAUUUCGCUUCGAGACAACAUGAAGCUGCGGCUGCCGCAAGAGCGAAUGUUUUCGCUCGUCGCCAGCUUCGGAUCACUCCUGUUCUCUUCGAUUUUCAUCAGUUAUGUGACAAACACGAUGGCCAAGUUGGCGCGCAUGUGGAAAGAACGGAGCAGAAAGCUGGGAGCCAUCAGCGACUAUGCAGCCACACACCGCAUCAAUGCGGCCCUUACUGUCCGGCUGAAGAAGUACAUUGAACGAGAAGAGGAGCGGGUGAAGUGGAAGACCAGCCUUCAGGUCCUGGAGGCGGCGUUGCCGGAGGAGCUGCUCCGACUGCUGUAUCAUACGGCGAGGACGCCGACGCUGGUUCAUCACGACCUCUUCUCGAAGAUAAAGAUCUCUUCGAGCCAUGCGAUGGAAGACCUCUGCUAUGAAGCCGUGCACGAGCAGCACAUCUUGGCUGGCGAUGCAAUCUUCGAAGUCGGCGCGGUCGCUUCCAGCAUGUACAUGUGUGAGUCUGGGAAGCUGCGAUACUCCAUGGACGUGGAGAUUGCUGGAGGGAGAGACUCGGUCCAGAAAGAGACGAUCAGUGAGCGCCUCUGCUGUUGCCGGUCGAGCUGGAACCGGAACCAGGUGAUGCCCAACGAGGGCUUGAACAAGAAUCGAGAUUCGUCGCUGGAACUGUCGUCGGGGUCGUGGAUCAGCGAGCACGCCCUUUGGACUUCGUGGCAACACACCGGUCGCCUUUCUGGGACAACAGACUCGCAGAUUCUGGCAAUCAAGAGCGAGGACUUUGGCCGUGUGGUGCAGCAGGAUUUGCCGACAUUCUGCGAUGUAGUUAUCUAUGCACGGUAUUUCAUACACGAGAUGAAUCAGACGGUGGUCAACACAGAUCUUCCUCCUGAUCAGAUGCUCAAGCGCACCAAGUCGAGGGAUGGUGGUGCAGCCGCCAACUCCGCUGCCCUUCAUGACAGCACUGCCUUCCAUGACCUGUUAGCAACUCCGGUUGCGGGCUCCUGA